UUAUGUAUAUCAUAUUAUUUCUUGCAGCAAAUUUCUCAAAUUUGAGAAAAGAAACCUGUCAACAACUGAACUCCAGCUUUUCUCUCCAUCAAGAUUGGGACAAUUGAGUUGGAUACAGAGAUUAUGAUGAAGUGGCCUACCUUUAAAAUUGUGUGGCCAUCAAUGGCAGAUGGUGAGCAUUGAAAAUUGCAGAAGAUUCUCAUCUAAAGGCAAAAAAUGGGUUUUCUCCAUUCUUCCAAAUCUUCUUGUCAUAAUUGAUAACUCGUCUAAUGCCACUGUGGAAAAUAUUCCUUCUUGCUUUACAUGCCUCCAUAUAUUCUCAAAGAAUUUGUUCUUUGCUUUUAUCAAAGGGACUCUCUUCACACUAUAAAACUCUAAAGCCUCAAAAGCACCGCCCCAGAAACAAAAAAAAUUCUGAAAACUUACAGAUUGUAAAUCUCCAAUGACAAGUUGCAGGUUGCUUCAAGUUCAUACAGAAGAUCAAACUCCAGAUAAAUGGAGUGUUUCAUUAACUGAAGAAGUGUUCAAAAGGUUUUUCUCUCAGGGAAAUCCAACCCUCCAUAAGAUAUUUGGUGAAGGAUCAUUAUUCAGUCCAUUGUUGUUUGGAAAAUUUUUUGAUCCUUCAGAUGCCUUUCCAUUGUGGGAAUUUGAGUCUGAUAUCUUGUUAUCUAAUCUUCGAAGCUCCGGCAAGACAAGUGUUGAUUGGUUUCAGACAGAUGAAGCUUAUGUUCUAAAAGCAGAAGUACCAGGAGUUGGGAUAAAUACAGUGCGAGUGUACGCUGAAAAUGGGAAGAUUGUGGAAAUUAGUGGGCAGUGGAAGCAGCAGCAGCAGCAGAAAGAGGCGAAAGCAAAGGACUGGAGAAGUGGGCAGUGGUGGGAACACGGGUACGUUAGAAGGCUUGAGCUCCCAGAAGAUGCAGAUUUGAGGAAGAUUGAGGCAUAUGUGAAUAAUGAUGUAUUUCUUGAAGUUAGAAUCCCCAAGAACACUUUUGAUUGUGAUACUGAUGACACUGUCGCCAAAAAAUCUGAUUGAGUGUAAAUUGAUAUGGGCAUAAUUUUGAUUUGCCCAUGAGCAUGUUAAUCUUGAGAUUAUGAAAUCUUUUAUAUCAUCAGCAUAGAAGGAUA